AUGGCAAAUAUGAAUACAUCGGAUGACUUAUUACGAUGUCCAAUAACUAUGGAAUUAUUUCAUGAUCCAGUCUCAGCACCAGAUGGUCAUACCUAUGAGAAACAAGCGAUCGAACAAUGGAUUCGAAGUCAUGGGACAAGUCCAAUCACAAGACAACCGUUAUCCAUUGAACAGCUCCAUCCGAAUCGCACUGUGAAAGAACUUGUUGAUGUUUUUGAGACAUUAUUGCAUCAAAAAAAUUACCAGUUUAUAUUAAAUAUUGAUGUGAAAAAACAGAAAAUGCGACCACUAUUUAUGACAGACGGAAAAACGAUCUAUAGGGCUGAGUGGUUACAGAAUAACAAUAAUCGACCGGAAAUAGUCUUAUUAAAAAUUGAUGGUGCUCGAGCAAGAAAAGAAGCAUCUUUCUACGUAGAUUUGAGUCGUCAUCCGCAUAUUAUUCGAACAUUUGGCUUUGUUUAUGACAGAAACAAUCCUGAUCAAGAUAAUUCAAUUCUGCUUUUACAAGAAUAUGCACCGGAAGGAAGCUUGUAUGAGGUAUUACAGGAACGAACGACGGCUCCUGAUGAACAUAUUCUCCUUCAAAUAUUUUUACAGAUUAUUGAGGCAAUGAUAUGUUUGGUGUCUAAUCACGUCGUUCAUGGUGAUUUAGCGUGUCGUAAUGUGCUGGUAUUUCGUUUUGAUGAAAACCAGCCAGAAAGGAAUGUUGUGAAAAUCACCGACUUUGGUCUUAGUCGACAUAGUCAACUAUAUUCAAGGAUACCAGGUGCUGCAAGAACAACAUUGAACAGAAUUCCUAUCCGAUAUGCAGCACCAGAAGUACUUUCAUGGAAUACAACUUUAGAGGUAUAUACCGAAAAAUCAGAUGUUUAUUCAAUGGGUGUGUUGAUGUGGGAAGCAUACUCUCGAGGUUCAUUCCCAUGGGCAAACAUCGAACAGGAUGACGAUGUCAUUCAACGAGUCACAAAUGGCGAUUUAUUACCUCAACCAUCCAAUUGUAGUCAACCUUUUUGGUCGAUCAUCACAAAAACCUGGUCCAGAACACCAAGUGAUCGACCAACAUUCAGUGAAUUGAAGCAUCUUCUAACCGCACAAUACUAUCGUUCAGGUGAUUCUUUAUGUAUAUACUAA